AUGACCGAGGUUUUCGAGGCACUCGCUGGAGAUGAUGAUUCCGGAGUUGGUUCGAUGCGUGUGCCGGGCAGUGGCGGAUUUGGCGGAGUGACUGGCGGUGGAUCAGCCUCAUCCACACAAGUCGCCUCGCGUCUUUACAACGGAAGACAUAACGGGGAAUCGAGAAGAGAUUCUGGCUCUUUCGGCAGCGAUCCCGAGCUGAUAACGUUCAGCGAUAGUGACGACAUCACAACACAGGUCUCAACGAUCUCGAAAAGACUGAAUGAAAUGGAAGAAAAUCACUCGCUGACGAAUGAAGAGAGAAAUCGAUUGAAAUUGGAGAACGCGGUGCUGAAUGAGAGAUAUCAUGCACUCGAAGAAGAUCUCAUUGCGACAGAGCAGAGAUACAAAGAAAAGCUGGAUGAAGAACGAGCCCGGACGAAAGAUCUCAUGGGCAGACUCGAGAGGGAAAAACAAUUGGAGAACGAGAGUGCACAGUUGAAAUAUCAGGUCCUAGAAAAAGAUUUCCUCCAACUGAAAAAGGAACGCGAAAAGUUCGCCGACGAGAAUCGCCAUUUGAAAGAAAACAACGAAAAGCUGAAGGAUGAAGUGGCUGAGGCGAAUCUUUUGGCUGAAGAUUUGGAGAAUGAAAGGAUCAAAUUGGAGAGAGAAUACAAGAGAUUUCAACAAGAGACCCAACACGAGAUCGAUUCGUCGAGUGAAAUGGUCGAAGAGUUGAGUCGGCAAACCGAGGAAUUGAGAUCGAGAGCGUCGAUGCCGAGACAAGGAAGUAUCGCUGAACAGAUGGUUUCUUUGGAGGACGAGGUGGCUCGAUUGCGAGCCGAGUGUCGUGAGCUCAAAAAGAACAAUGAAGAGUUACAGACCCAAAUGCUGCAAGAAAGUGUGGAAAGAGGCCGAAGUUUGCUCGAAGAUGGAAUGGGUGUCUCGCUUGCUGAAGAGUUGAAUGGGAAAGACACAACUGAGUUGGUGAACGCACUACGCGAGCAAGAGAUUUGCAAUCAAAAGCUCCGCGUCUACAUCAACGGGAUUUUGAUGCGAGUCAUCGAAACACACCCCGAAAUCCUCGAACAACGAAAGGAGCACUCAAUGGAGAGC